AUGGCGAUGAAGCUCGCCCAGGGCUCUCGCAGACCACAGCAACCACGGGCGCCAUGCAUCAAGGCCAAGACAUUUUACAUGGUGAUGGUAGUCGGUGAGGAGGAGACCGCUCGUGGGCGACCCCCGCACCUCCCUCCUCCUCUCGACAUGGGUGGAGGCCCCAGUGGCCCCGACGCAGUGGUGGUGUCAGAUGGUGGCCCCUGCCACUCUGCCUGUGCCAUCCCGGCGUCGGAUGAGGCCCCAAUGACCUGCCGGCUCGCUCAGAAGCGCACGCCCAGAUCCUCGAUCCGUCGCCCGCUACCUCGGGUUCUCGGCGGCGCGCGCCCUCCCUCUUCUUGCCGCCACCUUUCUCAUUGUUCCAUGUCGGCCAUCGCCUGCACCUUUGUUGAGAUGACGCAAAGAUUGGGCCAGGUGCAGGCCAAUGCAGCAGGUGUUCACUCUGAAGACGCCCCAACUUGUUCAAACAUGAUUACAGAGUAUGAUGAUUUUACAUGGAAGACUAGUUUUGUUAGACCCAUGCAAUCAGAAGUUGUCAAUGCUCUCCGUAGAGGUGACCGGCAGCGAGCAUCGUUGAUUCUUUCGAACUUUCAUCACACCAAGGAAGCACUGACCAAGGAAGAUUUUUCUUAUAUAUUGGAGUAUUGUGCAGAGGCACCUGAUCCUUUGUUUGUUAUGGAAACUUUGGAACUCAUGGAGGAGAAGGCCAUUGGCAUGAGUAAAAGUAUCUACAGAUAUGUCAUUAGAGCUCUGAGCAGAGGGGGAUAUGAGAAGGAGGCACUUCACUGGCUGGCUCUUCUUGGGGAGAAAGAAAGCACUCAUGCCACUAUACCGAUUUUUAAUAUCUUUCUAAAUGCCUGUGGAAGUAGAGAAAAUCUGAAGGAUGCUGAAUGCUGUCUUGAGAUACUGGAAAAUCUUUUUCUUGGGAAGUCUGAAAUAACAUACUGUGAGCUUUUGAAGCUUCGCUUAUUAGUUUGUUUUGUGUUUUUAGCUUGCAGUGUUACAGGAAAUUUGCCUGCAACUUAUGAUAUCUGGAAGGACUGCUGUAGAUCUCACCCUGCCAUCAUGUCAAGGGAAGCUGGCUACUGGCUUAACAUUUGGUUGAUGCUCAGCCUGAGCUAUUUGAGGAGAAAACUCGGUCAGUUUAACAACUGUCAGUUAGCUGAGCAUUUAUUUACAGAGAUGCAAAAAAUUGGAUUGCAACCAUCAAAUUUUACAUAUGACGGCUUUGUUAAGACUGUGAUAGCUGGGAAAGGAAUUGCAUAUGCCAACAAAGUGAUUAAAGCCAUGGAGAGAAGGGGCAUUGGACUUUACAGUGAUACACUUGCUGCUCUCUCAGUAGGUCAUAGCAAUAGUUCACAGUUGGAUUUGGCUGAGGAACUUUUGGAAAGAAUUUCAGAGAUAAAACCAAAGCAUCUUCAUGCCUUUAAUGCUUUGCUUUCUGGAUGUGCGAUUAUGCCAACUCUCAGGACAUAUGAACUUUUGUUUUCUCUGUUUGGAAAUGUAAAUGUCCCUUAUGAAGAAGGAAAUGUGCUCUCUCAUGUUGAUGUUUCCAAAAGGAUAAGUAUCAUUGAGAUGGACAUGUUUAACAAUGGAAUCCAACACAGCUUUGUGUCUAUGAAGAACUUGAUACGAGCUUUUGGAUCUGAGGGGAUGAUAGAGGAAAUGCUGAGGUACCUGAAUAUAGCAGAAAAUAUUUUGUGGAACAUAAAUCCUUAUCAGAAGAGUGAUCUAUACAGCAUUGCGUUGCAUGCUCUGGUUGAUGCGAAGGAAACUCACAGAGCAGUAAUUAUCUUCAAAAUCAUGAGAUCAUGCAGCCUUCCAACUAAUAUUUCAAUUUAUAAUACCAUGAUAGAGUGCUGCAAAUGGUUGCCAUGUUUCAGAUCAGCUAGUGCUUUGCUGUCUUUGAUGCUCCGAGAUGGCUUCAAUCCUAAGGUUGUGACUUUUACAUCACUCCUGAAGGUUGUAUUAGCAAAUAAUAAUUUUGAAGGGACUCUGGAUCUGCUUGAUAUAUGCAAGAUUGAAGGACUUCAGCCUGACAUACAGAUUUUCAACACAGUACUCUCACGUGCAUAUGCUAGAGGUCAAAUUCAUGUCCUUGAAUAUAUUGUGGAGUGUAUACACCGAGCAAAAAUCCAACCUGACCCAUCAACACUUUGGUACACAUUUUGUGCCUACGAGGAGCAUGAACUGUACAAUACUGCAAUUGCGGCAUUGCUAGUCCUCAGCAUGAGAAUGAUAUCUGAGGAUGUCAGCAUUCUUAGUGAGAAAAGAAUUGUUUUUGAAGAUCUAAUCCUCAGUGAAGAGCCUGAUGCUGAAUUAAGGAUCAUAAGGGCAUUCCAAGCUGGUGAAGAAUUUCUCGCGACGGCUUUACUGAACCUAAGAUGGUGUGCCACAAUGGGUGCCACCAUAUCUUGGUCACCAGAGGAGAGUCUUUGGGCAAGGAGGCUGGCAUCCUCGUAUGAUGCUAACAAGGGACCACAUAUAAACCCCUCGGAUGUUCCCAAAUCUUGGUGA